CUCUCCCAUUGCUUCAUCUUACCUAGUAGCUUUUUGCGUUAGCAGUGCAAAGAGCUUUGUCCCCUGAUGGUCGGAAUUUGCUGUGCAUGGAAGGUGCUCUUCUCCAUUUGAUGUGAUGAGGAACUUGUGCUAGCUCCAGUUGUUUUAAACUGCUGCUGUGAGCACUUCCCUGUCCAUUCCUUAAUGUGUGUUUGUUUUUUCCCCCCUUCUGCUGCUGCAGUGGUUUGCUUAUUGCAGCAGCAGGGAAGUGUCUUUUUGCUGAAGCAUUUACUCUGUUCCCUGUGAGUUUUCCAAGGACACCUUUGUCUCUUGGUGUAGCUGAAGAAGCUGAUUUUAUAGGAAUGGAAGUGUUACUUGAAUGUUUUUUCUCUGUGGAUCACUGUUCAGCUGCUGUGUUUUCCAUGACUAUACAAACCCAGAAAAGAUGAAAUCUAUAUGUAUGCUUUUUUAGUGCUGAUUCCUUCCUCAAGCAGAGCUUGGCAGAUUUAUUACAGAUGAGAUGUGGACAAGCAGUGACUUGAAAGAUGAUUGAGACAGCUGGCCUCACUGUAGUCACUCCCAUGGUUUUAGACUUGUGCCAGACAAGCAUAGAGACUGGCAUGGACAUGAUUUUGUAGAAAUUUAGUAGAAUUAAUUUUAACUUAGAUUAUCUACUCUAGAUUUGGAAUUGGGAUUCCAAUUAUGAAAGCUUAUCUGUGGCAACUUAAAAAUUUAAAAAGAUUUAGUCAUCUACAUUUAAUUUACUACAUGAACUUUGACUUCCAUACUAAAUAAAGAGAUGGUGCUUCAAGAUUGUUUUCCUGGCUCAUACAAGAAGUUCUUUACAAGUAGUGGAGUGCUUGCAGUUUCUUCUUCUCUUUGUGUUUUGCUGUCCACUAAAUAUACAUUGGUGGAAACUGCUGUCACUAAAAACAUCUUACCUAUUGCACCCAAAGUAUAAUGCUUUUUGAGGUUGCUGCUCCCAUCAAUCUGCUCAGUAAAAGUAGCUCAUCUUGUAAUGGAGGAGAAAGUUCGAGUCGCAGCGCAGAGAAACGGGCAGCUAAUGAAGAAGCUGAAGACUUCACCACAAAGCCUGCUCCUGCCAAAAUGUCCAAGUUUGGAUUUUCCAUAGGCAGUCAGACAACAAAGAAGGCAUCUGCAAUAUCCAUCAAACUGGGAGCAAAUAAGCCUAAAGAGCCUGUUCCAACUCUGGCUCCAAAAACCCUUUCUGUAGCAGCAGCUUUCAAUGAAGAUGAAGAUAGCGAACCAGAGGAAAUGCCCCCCGAAGCCAAGAUGCGCAUGAAGAACAUCGGAAGGGAUACACCAACUUCAGCAGGACCAAAUUCGUUCAAUAAAGGAAAGCAUGGAUUUUCUGACAACCAGAAGCUAUGGGAACGAAAUAUAAAAUCUCAUCUUGGAAAUGUCCAUGACCAAGAAAACAACUAAAUGAUGUGGAUUACAAGUUGGGUGUUUUGGGGGGAGGGGAGGGUGUAACAUUAAAGGAACAGUUUCCUUUUUUAAGAAUGGUAUGAGACUAUCUUUGGAGCCACUUUUUUAAGACUUUGAGUGGUACACUAAUAAAUGAGUUUGAAAUUAGAGGUAAUUUAUGUUUUGUAUACAGAUUUCAAGGCAUUUGCUAAUUUUGUAGUUCAUGUGAUUAGUUUCAAAAGGUUACAGAUAAUAAAGAAAUUGGAGUGGUACCUUUUUAAGAUAAUUUUUUUUGUCAGUGAUUAAAUAAGGUGGAUGAAAAAGGUUACUGUCUCUUUAAUCAGGUUAAAAUUGAAUGCUCUUGCAUUCUCACUUCUGGCUCCCUCUUCGUAACAGGAGAAACAGUUGACUCCUAUGAAUUCUGCUAAAGAGAGUGAGCAUUGUCUUGUACUAGAAGUGUUACUGGACUAUUACUUUGAAUAUAAUCUUACACAGGAAAUAGUAAGAACUUGGAUUUUUUUUCUCCCUGCAGUCACCUUUUGUUAAGUCUCUGCAAACUAGGAAUUACGUUGCUCUGAGUGGCUCUGGUAACUUAGCUCUGAUUUUGUUUAAAACUUCAUGUAGGGUGUGUAACCUUCAGUGGCCUGUUCUGUCCUAAGGAAAUGGGCCUUGUCUGUAUAUUAGAUACAGUCUGUAAAGAAUAUUCAUUACAAAGGUAAAUCAGUAUUUUCAGUGUGCUCCUUUUAAAUCAUUAGCCUUGAGUAGUGCUUGUUAGCAUUUCCUAGUGGUACACAAAAACCACCACCAAAAAUACAAGCUAAUGUACAUUAAGCUUCACCUUUGAUUGAAAUAUUUUUCUUUACUAUGCCUAGAAGGAAUAAAAGCCACACCAAAAAUCAGUAACUCACUGCUUAAGUAUGAAAAAUCUAAGAUGCACUUUCCCUGUCUUGUCAUUUAAGACAAAAUGCCUUGAUGCCUAUGACCUCAGUGGACACUAUCAGGUCAAAGAAUUCUGUAUCUGCAGUCCUGCUGUUCCUAGCAAGUAUCAGCUUCAGAAAUAAAAUUUGACCUUUUCCUGCCUGUCUUCCUUUUGCAGUGAUUUUCAGCAGUGACAUGAAUCUGGUCAGUUUAUUUCUUAGCUUCCAUACUGCAGGACAGUGCUGAAGGAUUUCAGUGCAAGUAGUGACUGUCUAAAUUUAAGUCUAAUUUAGAUUGCCUAUUUGUAAAAACAUUUUAUUAACAGAGCUGGUUAAAUAGAACAUUAUCAACAGCAACACCACCACCUGCCCCAACAGCACCACCUCCCAUACCCCAAAUUAGCAUAAGGUUGGUUUAAACUCAAAUACCUGAUAGUGUCAACCACUAAAUUAAUUUCAGCUGGAAAAUGGUUGUAGCAUUGAAUAUAUUAGUUGCUUUCAUCCUGCCUCUAAAACUGGCUUCUUGUGAAAGUUGAACUUGCAAGUGCAGAAAGGAAAGUGCAUCUUGAAAUGUAUUUUUUUAUUAUUAUUAUUAUUUUAGGAAAGCUCUGACCACUUAGACUUUUGAGUUUGUAAGUUCUAAAAAUAUUUUUUUGUAUUUUUGUAUUGUAUGUGUAAUCUUUUUUUCUUUUGAAGUCUGAUGCAGUUGAAUACCUGUAACUGUUUUCUUUUAAAAGCCUUGUUAUAAACUUAACAUAAAAAUGUAUACAUUA